GAGGAAAAAAGGUCGGACAGAACAAUGAAUCCGCGGCUCCUGUUGUUCGUGUGUCUGCUCUCCCUCGCCUCCGUGCGGGGACAGGUCAGUUACUCGAUUCCAGAGGAAAUGCCUAAAGGAUCGCUUGUGGGAAACAUCGCUCAGGAUUUAGGUUUGGAAUUGAAACGUUUGAUUUCUGGGAAAGCAAAAAUCUACAGCAGGAGCAGCGGAGAAUAUGUGGAGCUGAACAGAGAAAGAGGAGUCCUGCUCGUUAAAGAGAGGAUCGACAGAGAGGCGCUGUGUGCGGAGACUGCGCUCUGUGCUUUACAUUUUCAGAUCAUUUUAGAGAACCCGAUGGAACAUUACACGGUGAAUAUCCAGAUUACAGACAUCAAUGAUAAUGCACCAGCUUUUGAGAAGACGACGGUAGAAUUUAGAAUCAGCGAGUCGACAAUAAUCAGUUCUAAAUUUGUGUUAGCGACAGCAGAAGACCUUGAUGUGGAAAAAAAUGCCGUGCAAAAAUAUGAAUUAAAACCCACUAAUAAUUUUGCUCUAAACCUCCAAAAUAAUCCCGAUGGAACUAAAAAUGUGGAGAUGGUUUUACAGAAACCUUUAGAUCGAGAGAAAGAGGAGCAGAUCUCUCUCGUCUUAACGGCUGUGGAUGGAGGAGAGCCGCAGAUGUCAGGAACAAUGAUGAUCGUCGUCACGGUGUUAGACGCUAAUGAUAAUGCUCCAGUUUUUACGCAGCAAACAUACAAAGCUACAGUUACUGAGAAUUCACCUAAAGGAACAAUUGUUGCUGCUGUGACAGCCUCAGAUGCUGAUCAAGGAUCAAACAGCAGGAUUACCUAUUCAAUUACAAAUAGAGGCGGGAGUUUGCGACAUUUGUUUGAGAUCAACAAAGAAAAUGGAAAAAUGAUUGUAAAUGGAAAUAUUGAUUAUGAAAAAUCAAAAAGUUUUCAAAUUUCUAUUGGAGCAACUGAUGAUGGAGGACUAACGGAUUCUUGUAAAUUAUUUGUUGAUGUUCUGGAUGUAAAUGAUAAUGAACCAGAAAUUAACAUAAUGUCAAAAUCAAAUAUUAUUCCAGAAGAUUCUAAACUAAACACAGUUGUUACAAUGAUUCAUGUUGAAGAUCUGGAUUCUGGAGAUAAUGGUAAAGUUCAAUGUUUUAUGAAUGAAAAUAUGCCAUUCAUGUUAAAGUCAUCAAUAAAUAAUUUUUAUAGUCUGAUGACAGACAGUGAGUUAGACAGAGAGACAGCGUCAGAGUAUAACAUCACUGUGACCUGCUCUGAUGAAGGAGUCCCCUCCCUCUCCAGCAGCGUCACUCUCACCUUACAGAUCUCUGAUGUGAAUGACAACGCACCUGUCUUUGAGAGGAGCUCAUAUGAGGCCUACAUUGUAGAAAACAACACACCAGGUGUGUCUAUAUUCACAGUGAAAGCCACAGACGCUGACUGGAAGCAGAAUGCGCGUGUUUCUUACAUCCUGGAGGACUCCUCUGUGAACGGAGUGCCAGUCUCCUCAUAUGUGUCCGUCAGUGCUGACAGUGGAGUCAUCCACGCAGUGCGCUCUUUUGACUACGAGCAGAUCAAAGACUUCCGCUUCUGUGUCAAAGCUCAGGAUGGAGGUUCUCCUCCACUCAGCAGCAACGUGAGCGUGAACAUCCAGAUCCAGGACCAGAACGAUAACCCGCCUCAGGUUCUGUACCCGGUCCAGACUGCUGGCUCUGUGGUGGCUGAAAUGGUGCCUCGUUCAGCUGAUGUGGGCUACCUGGUGACUAAAGUGGUGGCUGUUGAUGUGGACUCUGGACAGAAUGCCUGGCUCUCCUAUAAACUGCAGAAAGCCACAGACAGGGCGCUGUUUGAAGUGGGCUCCCAGAAUGGAGAGAUCCGAACUGUCCGCCAAGUGACGGAGAAAGAUUUGCUCAAACAAAGACUGACUGUGAUCGUGGAGGACAACGGGCAGCCCUCUCGUUCAGCUACAGUCAUUGUUAACGUGGCGGUGGCGGACAGCUUCCCUGAAGUGCUGUCGGAGUUCAGCGACUUUCCACACGACAAGGACUACAAUGACAACCUGACUUUUUACUUAGUGCUGGCUCUGGCUGUGGUUUCUUUCCUCUUCAUCACGUGUUUAGUGGUCAUCAUCUCCGUCAAGAUCUACCGAUGGAGACAGUCUCGCAUCCUGUAUCACUCCAGCCUCCCUGUCAUUCCAUAUUAUCCUCCACGGUACUCAGACACUUUGGGCACAGGGACUCUGCCACACACGUACAAUUACGAGGUGUGCAGGACCACUGACUCCAGAAAGAGUGACUGUAAGUUCGGCAGAGCUGGGAGUCAGAACGUGCUGAUAAUGGACCCCAGUUCUACAGGAACCAUGCAGCGGAUGCAGAGUGAGAAGAGCAUCCUGGAUGAACCAGAUUCUCCUCUAGAGGUCAGUUGUUAUCGGUAGAUAUCCCUUAAAAUAAAUCUUUUGGCUAUUGUCUUUUAAACUUCAGCACCUUGGACAAUGACAUGUCGAGUAAACCUACUUUUUUUUUUUUUAAUU